CUCUUUGGACCGAUGAAACGAUGCGCUCUCUGCUCCUGUGCGGCGAUAUUUUCAUUUUUUGUUCUGUCGUUGCCGCUAUAUUUUUUUUCCCCAAUCACCGUGGUGUGUUCUGCGCAGGGGACGCUGAUUCACGGUGUUUCGCCGACUUCAAUGGCUGCUGCGAUCCGUCGUAACCUUUCUGUUGGGAAGAUUUAUGUUGUAAAGUCCUUUGGUUUGAGCAACCCGCCGAAUCAGUAUCGCCCAUGUUCCUUUGAUUUGUCUUUGGGUCUCUCGCCCUCGACUUCCUUUCAGGCCUGUGGUCUUCCUGCUGAGAGUUUUCCGGUUGAUGCGUAUGAGUUUGUGUCUUUCUCCCAGUUGAGUUUGAGUGCUGGUAAUCACCGUUUCUUGACAGAUGUCGUUGGCCGACUCCAUUCAAUCAAUGGGAUAUCGCAUAAAAUCACUAAUAAUGGCCCUGCAGUCAAGCAGACGGUUAUCAUCGAGGAUGAAAGUGGAGCGAAGAUUACUAUUACACUCUGGGAUGAGUUUUCUGCGGUGUUGGACCAUGUUGCACUUACUCAGGCUAACUCGAUUGAGGUUGUGAUUCUCGCUUUUGGUGGUUUGCUGGUUAAUAAGUUGGGAGAUGAUUAUAUUCUCUCGAGCUCAGCUGGUACACGCAUAGCAGUCAACCCUCCUGUACCAAAGGCUUACUAUCUUGCAUCUAGGUUUGCUGAAAAGCACGAAGUUGUUGAGUCCUUGCUAGUGGAAUUUGCCUCUGUUGCUGAUGCUGCUGCUGAUGUAGAUCGGCGUACCAAGAGCCUGGACCAGUUGCUGAGCUUGUCUCGAACGAAUUCCUCACUGGAAGAGAAGUAUCGUUGUGGUGGAGUGAUCGUUGAUAUCGAGUCGGGUGCUCCUUGUUAUAAACUCCAACUUACUUUGAGGGAUGACUCUUGCGAGGCCCUGUUCAUUCUGAUGGGUGGCUGUGCCCAUUCGUUGGUUAAUGUUUCUGCUGCACAUCUGGCCCAGCGGUUUCCUCAUCGUCCUGGUCAGUUGCCCCCACAGUUGCAUCAAUUGCGAGGACAGUAUGUCAAGUUUGAUUGUAAGUUACCAUUGCCUGGUCCUACUGGCUUCUCUUCGGGUGAGUUCCGUGUAACUCAGGUUGUCCCGCUUGAUGAUCCUACGGUGGUUGGCGAUUUGCUCGAGUUUUCUUCACAAUCUCUGUUACGUGGUUCUAUUGCUGCUGUUCCGACUUUGACCAUGGGUGCAACAAGUGUCGCGGGUGGUUCUUCGACUUCAUCUAGGGUUGCCAAGGGAAAGGAAAAGGUUUCAGGUCCUCUACUCACUGAGGUUUCAGCAGCCCCGUUUAGUAUCACUGAAGGGCCAGAUGAGACUGUCAGUCCGAUAGCUGAGAAUUUACAUAUUCCUUCUCCUGCAAAUAUCGGAAGCAAAGCCCAGUCCUCUACACCAUCCGGCAGGUCUACUUUUUCGCUGAUUACCAAGCGUACAUCUGGAAUCGAUGAGUCUGCCAGCCCUGAGGAUGUUAGUCGUGGUUCGUUGAUACCUGCUGCAAAGAUUCUGAAGCCAUCCCCUGAGUCAUCUCCUGGGAAGACCUCUGGUUUAGCCUCUGGCUCUUCGCCUGCGUCAUUGUUGGUUUCUCCACUCGCCAAGAUAAAGGUGGAGAAGUUAGACGAUGCUGAGGCUCCUCCACUGCCACACGGCGGUUCCUCACAGGCAGGUGCUGAGAUGGAAGGGGAUUCCCCAGUUGACAGUCAGAAGAACCCAGCUGCGAAACGUCCUCUGUUCAAGAGCAAUGCCUCCCAAGAAAAGAAAGACUCAAUAUCAAACUUUGACGUAAAAGAGCCAGAAUUGAAAUUAUGGAACAUCCAUCGCAAGGUUCAGUGGUUCCUGAGACAUCAUUUGGGGCCGUAUAUCCUGUGCCUGAGAAUGAUAUACAGGAAUCAUCACGGUCUCUUCGUCGAGUCCUACCAUCAUCAUCAGGUGAUGAAUGCACUGCCACCAUAACAUUGUUAUUUGAAUUAUAAGAUUCUCAUGAAGCCAUCAAGCAUUAUCAAUCUUCGAUGAUAUAAAAGCUUUAUUGUAAU